GUAGUCUUCUUCGAACAAUGGAGGAGCUGAUGAAGUGAGAAGUGAAUCAAGCUUUUAAAGACUCGAUCGAACAAGUGUGCACAAAAUCUGCUCUCUCUGUGUGAUGAAGAAGAGGAAUUGGUGGCGCAUACGAAGGAAAAUGUUCGAGUACAGUACUUCGAGAUGAGAUUCUCUGGAAGCAAUGACAUUGCAAUUAGUUUACAGGAAUCAUUGCUUCCGGGAAAAAUCUCAUCUCAUUGACAUCUUGAGUGUACAGAUCUCGGCAUCCACAAGAACUUUCUGGUCAAAUCGACUUUAUUGUACUACAUUGACAACAUAGAACAUAGAUCAGAAGCACUACUCAAGCUGGCGGCGUGCAUUUCUGAGCACGGACAAUUCUCCGUGGAGACAUACCGUAGCCGACGAGCACACAUGGACGAGUUAGUGAUGUGGAUUGCCAACAUUCUCGACAAUGUCGGGAAUGUUCGCUUCAACAAAUCCAAUCCAUUUGGAACGCGAGAAGAGCGUGCUGGUGCUGGCGAUCGUUUGGACAGAUUUGAGCUUCAAAAUGAUUACGAUCGAGACGAUCGGGUUAGAAUGUAGCGAGAUAAUUUCAAGCUCAUAUCUGUUGCUUUAACUUCCAGAUAAGCUGGAACGAUUGACUUGAGGAAAUCUCCGUGCAAUUCACUUUUUCUUCGUAUCCUUUCAGUAGCCGAGUAUGCUUCAGUGUGUAAGAAGUGACCUCGACUCCUCUUGAUAUCACGAUUUACAUGUCGCUGCCCGCUGCGAGCAAGCUCUGGAACCGUGAACGGAUCUGUCGAAGGGGAACUCAGGAGCCGAAGGGAUAAUAUCACAUUGUCAUAUUCACACCUCGUCCACUGCUCUCUCGAUUGUUCCCCCUCAAUCAGUGUAUCUGGAACAGGAACGUCACGAGAUUGGAGGAGUCAGAUGAAGUGGAUGCCCUAUUUUGAUUUGAUUUUCUCAAAUUCUAGACUUUCCACCGUUCAAUUGCGUCCUCAAAUGCUCGAUUUUCGAGAUGGAGCUGCCUGAUUGGAGUCACUCUCACGUUGGUUUGGGAGCCGGAAUAAUCGUUCAAUUGGACAGAAAAAAUCGCCGGCCAGAGGUUGCAAGCGGUCUGUUUGAAGCUGCCUCCUUGUAGCUUGACUGUGUAUGCCUCAGAUGUCUUCGUUUGAGUCGGAUAUUUCUUAGUGAUCCUCGAGGCGUUUGCGUUUGCGUUUGUCCAAUCGUGCAAAUGGAUUGAAGGAGAGCCGGCGAGCGACAGGUGGUGAUGGAGAAGCCGCUGAGGAUUCAGUAGAGGCAGACAGAAGCAGAGGACGGAAGAAUGCGCCAGGAGGAGGAAGAGAAGGGGAAGUGAUGAGAAGUAGUACGCAGUGGAGCUGAAGAAGCAAUGAACUAUGCUUCCUUGCGACAUAAUGAACGCACAUGAAGUGUGUCCCAGAGGAUCAUGGGAGCUGGAGCUUCAGCACCUCGAUCUCGGGAAUCCGGGCCUUCAAAACCUGCAUCUCGGGGAUCUGGGCCCUCAGUACCCUCAGCCUCGUCUCGAGGAUCCGGAACUGGAGUUUCUGGAUCUCACGGCGUGAGACGCAGCAAGAGCUGGGCUGUCGUGAAGACAUCAAGGCUUGGAGACCGAUCUUUGUCAAGCUCCUUCAAGGUACAACUGCAAUGUGCCCUUCACGAGUUCGGUACCCAGCGCGGGUGCAGAAGCGAGAACUAUCUUCAGCAAAGAGGGUUUGGUGCUCUAGUCGGGAUCCAUUCAAAUUGGAUCGGGCACUUCAUCCUGGCCGCAGCUCGACCCACGAAUCGUAUCCUUGACGAGCACCACCUAAUUUACCAGCUCCACAGUCAACAUAUUGGAGCUGUAAUCAACUUACAAGAGCCAGAUGAACAUUUUGGUUGUGGAGAGGGACUUGCACCAGGUAGUGCAUUCUCCUACAAUCCAGAGCGUUUCAUGGAAAAUCAUGUUUACUAUUUCAAUUUUCCCAUCAAGGACGUCAAGUCCGUGGAUCCCUCAUACAUGCUCGACAUCUGCCACACCAUCGACUCACAAAUUACUCUCGGCGAUAAGGUCAUGGUUCACUGCCAUUCUGGAGUUGGACGGACUGGGGUUGUGAUUGGGUGCUAUUUUGUUUACUCUGGUGCAUAUGAAGACCCCACUGAGGCGAUUCAAGCUAUACGCACGUUCAGGCAUGGGACAUUCAAACGUGCCUAUCAAACUCAGAUGGUGAAGGACUUCGAGGCUUUCCUUAUGAAGCUACGAGUAAACUUUGUAUCACCUGACAAAAUCGUAAAGAGAGUAGGUGAUGUGCCAGGAUACCCCAAUAUUAUUGAGCACAUGAGCAGACAGAAGAAAGCACUCCAUGGAUUGGAGAGAAGAGCUCUUCUAUACGUUCCCAAGAUUAUUGAUUGGAUAACUAGGGAGCUGAUCAGAAGAACAGACUUCAAUAGGCAAAAGAGAGAAAAGAUCGCAGCAUCAUUCAUGCUUGCUUUUAUAACUCCGAAGAGCAAAAUCGACAUUGCCAAAGCUCAGGAGAAAGUAAACGUUGCUGACUGGGGUGGAGUUGAGGAAUUGGAAGUUUCAACCCUCUGCCAUUUAUUACUUGGAUGGCUUCGCCAAUUGCAGGAACCCAUAGUGCCCGAUAAUAUUGCGACAACAGCACUUGGUCGGGGUGAUAUAGAGUCCGCAAUUGAAGAGCUGGAGAAGGCUGAUAAAAUUUCCUUUGCCACCAUUCAAAUUUUAGCCUGCUUCAUUUUCCAGAUCGUCCCUGUGAAACCGAAAUUAAUUCGCCAACUCUAUAGCGCAUUGGCCAACGUAUUGCUCGUCAGUUCCUCUCUUCAAAAUACCACAAAGUUAGAAGAAAUCGUUCCAGAAGACGAGACUAUUCCGGCGGCUGCAGCAGACAAAAGCAAAGUAAUCAGCCCCAACACAUCUCGGAGGCACAGCGUGAGUAAGAUGAACAAUGUCUACACGAAGUACAAACCAACCCUUUUGGAAAUCGAGUAUGGCUUGCUGCUGGAGGCAUCUGCUCGUUUCUGGAUAAAGCUUGGCAAAGCCAAGCAAGCGAAUUCAGGAGCAAAAGGGAAGUCCAAAGCAUCUACGUCUACACCUGCAGCUUCCUCUUCUCUUCCAGCAAACAAAGAGAAGAAACCUAUAUUUUCGCAGCCCUGGUUCCGGGACCGCGCCAGCCUCCUGUUCGAAGAAUAUAAUCCUGUAGCAGAAGCGAUACAACAUCAGAAAGAUUUGGAAACAAACGAUGACGCAUCUCCUUCUACCGCUUCAUCCAAAACAGCCAGUUUUGUUGAGCCAACUGCCCCCACUCCUCCCAGGAAUCCCAGUCCUCCCAAAAGUCCCAGGAGUCCUCGACAAAAACCGCAUCUUAGCUUACUUGGCACUACUUAGUCAGCAACACAUUUUGCCCACAAAACCUAGAAUCUAGCGACAGUGUCAUAAUCUUUCCAGGUCUCAAUUUCCAUACAGAAAUAAUUAUCCGGAAGAGUUCAGCAACUCAUCUGACUUGUCUCUCAAAAAACUUGAAAGCCUUGCCUUACAUAGAUGGGAAUGAAAAAGGAUAAUGAGUUACCAGAGUCCACAGUUAUGAAGACAACAACCAUGAAUUGAUUGCUCAUUGAUCAGCAAGUUUGGACCUCUUUGCCUCCCGCCAGCUCAAGCGAUCAACCAAACUUUUCAACAUUAAGGACUUCGGUGAAAUAGGAUCUUCAGAUAAAUCUAUAGGAGAGUAAUAUAAUUCUUCAAGCUUUUGUCGUAAAACUUUAAGAUUGUAUUCACACUUUU